GCAGCAGGUCAGCCGAACUCGCGAUGACAAUCUCCCACAGAUCUCUGUUGGUGGCGCUGGCGAUCCUCAUCGCUAGCGAAGCGUCCUAUCACACCCUGUCGCUUGAAGGAUGGCCCUACGCGUACCCGUUGGGACCGUGGCAUGAAAUCUCGCAGGCCGAGAAGCUGACCGCUCCGGUACCGAUCGUUCCCGUCGUAGCCGCACACCUUGCCUCGUAUCCCGGCGCCACAGCGAUCAUGGCCACACGGGGCUCCAUACACAUCGCACCACUUCCGGGACACUCGGUGUCACAGUUUCAGUACAACUUUGAGGCACCACCGGGAACGUUCUGAGGCUGAGCGUAGCCGGACAGAUACUUCGCAAUAAAUAGCUUUAUUCGUUACU